CACCCAAAUGUUUUAUAUUUACACCUAAUAACCUUAAGAAUUAUUUCUCCUAAUCAACACCCUUAAGUAUAAUAAAUUCCCGAAUAAUCCAAAAUUUAAUGGAAGAAUAAUGGGCCCCGCCCUCACAUUUCCUAUAUAAACAACCCCUCCAUGUAUAACUCUUUCAGCCAGAGCUAACCUUCUGCGGCGAACCCACAGUGAUCUUUCUUCCUAUCAUCACAGUUGAGUUGAAUCAGUCUCUAAUGGCGGAAGCGGAUACCGUGCUUGCCUCUAUCACUGUCCGCCGCUCAUAUCUCAAAAAACUUGUCUUUCCAAAAGCUGCAAUGCAGAUACGUCGUCAUCUUUUGCCUGCGAUCUUAUGGGGGCAAACUGGACAAGCUCAUGCGAUAUUGAAAGGUGGAAAUCGCGAGCCCCUCCCUGUCACGUUCUCGCUCGGACGAAAACGUGAUCGCCUCGUUCUCCUGGGAAGUGGAUGGAAAAAGGUUGUUCAGAAGCUUGGUUUGAAGGAAGGCGACAAGGUGAUCAUUUCUUUGGAUGAUAGAGCAAGUUCCACUUAUUCGAUAUUCUCGCCCAGCCUGCAAAGUGGACAUAAGUCUGUCAUCAUGAAAUUUGACCUGAAUAAAUCACCGGAGGCAUCAGAUGAAGGGGAGAUGGAUUAAAUUAAUGUUGUAGUGCGCGCGCUCCAAUAAUUAACAACAUAUUCC